CAAACACACGCCGUGCCAAUUUCACUGAAAUAUAGAAAUUAUUUUUUAAGUUUAUACGAGAACCCAAAAUUUUCCAUGCUGAGGCAGGAGCUGCUGGACGAGGAGUUCGAGUGCCUGCGUCGAAUUGCAUCGGCUAUUUGUCAGAAUCUCGGAAGGCCAAAAGAUCGUGAGAUAUGCCGGAGCACCUUGGAGGAGCUGGCCAAGUUCCAGCAGAGUCCGUCGGUCAGGAUCAAGGAGAAUGUGCACAAGUUCAUGGUGUUCUAUCUAAAAGUGCUAAGAUGGACCCAAAAGAAUCAGCCCCUGGAUUUAUAUCGGCAAUGGUAUGGCCAAAACCUGGGUAGUGAUUGGAAGUCUCCCUCAUCGACCGCCAAUUCUACGGAUGAAGUGCGAGUUUGGUUGGAGGAGGGAAAGACUUUUUAUGCCAUGAAAACUUUCGAGGAUGGUUCCACCACCGUUUUCACCGCAGUGGCCAAAGAUCCGAGGGCCGGUUGGUCAGAAUAUGGUCUAAAAACCCUGAUGGAAUCUCAAAAUGGUUGCGCUUUGAGCCAAAAUGAUAAAUAAAACAAACGGUUUUCCUCUAAAUAUA